AUGCCACCGCAUGCAUCACCACAACGCCAGACGAUUGUCCCUGUCCAAGCACAAACACCCACACCCCCCCGUCUCCUGCCGAUGCAAUCCCCCUCGUCGGCGGUCCACGCGCCAUAUACACCUACCCGUUCCAUUCCACCCGCAGGCGUGACCUCAACCACCACAAGCCCCAGCUACAGCUACAGCUACGCACAACCCCAGGAUCUCUCCCACCCACCAGGCUAUCAACAAGACCACCACAGCUCCUUCGACGACAAACCCGUCGAAUCGUGCCAAGAGAACGAUUCCCGCACCACACUUUCCCCGCUUUCGUACUCGAGAAGAGGCGGCAUAUUGGACGGAGAAUGGAACUUGGGCGCGACCAACGGGGACCCGAAUGGCACGAUGGUCAAGACGGCCAUGACGUGGGCGAAAGCCGCGGGCAAGAGACUCAGCGAGACGGAAAAGCAGAUCUGGAAGCACAUCAACGGGGAGGAUGAUACUUAG